AUGUCUAUGAAGGACAUAAUGACAAAAAACAAGUCGAUGAGUUUUGAGGAUGAUGGCAGAAUGCAACAUUGUAGUGCUAUUGGUUUAAUGUCUCUUUUGCAGAAGAAGGAGAAUUGGGGAGCCUUAACUAUUCCAUGUACUAUAGGGUUGCUACACUUUGAUAAGGCGUUGUAUGAUCUUGGAGCAAGCAUAAAUCUCAAGCCAUUGUUUAUUUAUAUGAAGUUUGAUUUGGGAGACCCAACUCCUAGUACGAUGCGGUUAUUGAUGGUCGAUCGAAUGAAGAGGCCUAUAGAUGAUUUUGUCAUUCUUGAAUUUGAGGUUGAUUUUGAGGUUCCUUUUAUUCUUGAGAGACCAUUCCUUGCCACUGGGCGUGCACUAGGUGAUAUGGAAAAAAGGUCCAUGAAGCGGAGUGGUGAGCUCCAAACGUUAUCUUAUAUAUCCUACAAAAUUGAGAGUGUAAUGGAAGUGCCAAUUAAAGAGAAACUCGGUGAGGCAUUAGAAGCAGUAAUCCUGAAUUUUGACGGUGAUGGUAUUGAAGAGUGUGAUUAUUUUAUGGCUACACUUAUCGAUCAAAGCCAAUGA